AUGGCUUCAAAUGACUCACGUUUUUUUCAGUGUGAUGUAGCUGUAUGGCGAGUGUGUGUUCCUCAUACACAGAGACACUGGACAGUGACAGUGUCUGGUACAUGUGUCGUGUGUGAGGUCCUAAAAGAGGGCGUUGCUCCUGUCAGCCCUUUCCAUUUUCUUGCGAGGGCCCAACAUGUUGCAAUAAGAGGAUACCCAUUCAAUGCUCUGUCGGAAAAGAGCCUGGCUCCUUUCGAGCAUUCUGCGGUCCUCAGUUUGGCUUUGAUAGAUGCAAACAUCACUGAUGUGGAGAAGAACAUAUUUUCUGGGUUUUUCAGUCUCAGAACACUGUCCCUAGAUUCUAACAGGUUGGCAUCCGUCAAACAGGCCUGGUUCGCUGGCUUGAAGAGGCUUACUCGGCUGAUUUUGUCCAACAACAACAUCAGGCAGAUAGAGCCAAGGAGCUUCGUGCACUUAGAUCUCCUAUUUUUCUUAGAUCUAGAGAGCAACCUGUUACAUGAUGUAGACCCUGCCUGGUUCAAUGGAAUGAGAUAUAGAAUGCUGCACAUGAACCUGAGUUUAAAUCCAAUCCAUACCAUUUCCCGUGGAUCAUUCCAACUCACAAAGCUGCGCAGCUUAGAUCUGAGUGGAACUGAUCUGUCAUGUUUGGAUGAAGAUGUGUUCCGGGGACAGUCUUGGUUGAAUAGGCUCCAUGUCGGCAGUCGGAACGCAACCUUUGAAGGUGUUGGCAUGUCAUUUGUCCAGACACAAGACACGAACACAUUCACCACCACAGCCCAUACAAACGGCAACAAUGCAAAGAACAUCACCUGCAUUCUGGUCAACAAAGUUGAACACAGGGAGUUGGUCUUCACCACUAUCCAUGACCAGCCGCAGACACACACAACAUCACCAGCCUACACAACAGAUACUGACCACUCUAUCAACCUUACACACUACUCUGAAUAUACAGACGAACACCAGACAUCUACAAAACAGAGAGACAACACUACACUGCAGGAUGGAACAACCACCUGCGCGCCUGUGCAUGUAUCAGAGCAGAUAGAGGUGCCUCCAGCAACAGAUCAUGUUCUCAUAUCUGUUGUUGUUUCGGUAGUGGUCGGUCUGGCCGUGUCGUCCCUUGUAGUGUUGGUAUGGAAGAUGUACUUAGCAAGAACAACAGAGGAUGACCGGCCCACCGACAGUGCACAGGUUUGGACAAUCCCGCGUGGAAUUGCCUUCCCCGGCUUGCUUCGGUCUGCUUCCCUCCCUGCUGGCUCAAGCAGGACGGCGUCGCAUGGCGUAGUUUCCUGCAAGUCAUGGCCCACUCUCCUGCUUUCAAUGGAACUUUCUUCUGACAGAACCAUUGCUCGGAGGCCGCUGCCUCGUCUCCCACACGUGUACUGGGAGAUCCCAGAUGAUGCCAUAUCCGUAUCCGGUGUGGUACGGUCAGCUUCCCUCCCUGCACUGAGCACCAGUGGGGUCGCCCAAGACGAUGCGGCGUCCUGCAGGUCAUUGCCGGCUGUUCUCUCGUCCAUCGAACCCACCUAUAGUGAGAUCCCAGAUCACAUGGCCGCUGCGCAGCGCCCCCUGCCGGCUCUCCCGCGCGCCUGCUGGGAGCUACCAGCUGCACAGGGCCCACUGCCUCUCCCGGAGCAUACCUACAGUGAGAUCCCCGACGAUAAGGAGAGGGAGCCCGUACCUUUCUAUGAUGAUACUGCAUGGUUUUUGCCUCAUGCCGUCGCGAACAGGGGACGGGUCUUUCAGGAUGUCAAAACUUCAACUUCAUCAACAUAUGGGUCAGAUGUAGAGAGCAAAGCUCAGUGUAAAUACGUUUAUACAAAGGCCCCCGAAGUCCAGGGUGUCAGGGCUUGUAGAAAAUGGCCUCUGGAGAUCCCAGGGAACGGUUCCCGUAUGACACCACGUCGUGUGUCCCUUUUCUUCCCCUCUCUGACUAACACAUACUGA